CCUCACCCGGCCGUUUCCGGCGGCUCUUGGGCCUCCCAAGCCCUCCCUGACGGCCCCGAGCUCGACCUCCAUCUCCGCCCAAGCUCGCGCCGUCUCGGCGCCUCGAGCUCGUGUCCUCGCUGCCGUGGUCACCACGGGGAAGCAUGAGGAGGAGGCCUGGGAUCGCUGGCUUGCAGAAUGCGGCGGCUACUCGCGACCAAUUCCGGCUGGUCGGGGAGAAUGUGGCCAAGGUCAGGACCGAUGUCAUGAAGGAGCAGCUUGCGACGUUCCGGUCACAGCUCGAGGAAUUUGCUCGCAAGCAUAAGAGUGACAUCCGUAAAAACCCGGUAUUUAGACAGCAGUUUCAUGAGAUGUGCGCAAAAGUUGGAGUAGAUCCAUUGGCAUCCAAUAAAGGAGUCUGGGCAGAACUUCUAGGGAUUGGUGACUUCUACUAUGAACUUGGAGUUCAGAUAGUUGACAUAUGCAUUGCAACCAGAUCGCAUAAUGGUGGCCUGAUUGAUUUAUUGGAUCUCCGCAAACUGCUUGGUCAGAAGAGAAAAGCUACCCUGGAAUCAUUAUCUGAAGAUGACUGUUUACGUGCUAUAAGCAAGCUAAAAGUCCUUGGCAGUGGUUUUGAAGUAAUUUCUGUCGGGAGGAGGAAGCUUGUGCGUUCGGUUCCUACCGAAUUAAAUAAAGACCACAGUGGGAUACUUGGGCUAGCUCAGGCUGAGGGCUAUGUCACGGUAGAACAAGUCGAAAGGGAAUUCUCAUGGUCUACUGGGCGUGCAAUUGAUGCUCUUGAAACUUUGCUGAAGGAGGGGCUUGCUAUGAUCGAUGAUGGCCAUAGGGACGGCAAACGAAGAUAUUGGUUCCCAUGCGUUACUGUCAGCUCCGACACAGCUGCUGUUGAAGCCAAGUCAUGACCCCCAAUAUGUCAAUUCCACAAUGUGUCCAUGUCUCCAUGAGGUGGAACAACUAGUAGCACUGAAAAGUGAAGAAUGACAUUCUUUUUGCUUUUUUUGUUUUGCCUCUGGCACUUGCAAUAUUGUGUGUAAAUGUUUGGUAUGUCCAGUACACCUGUGUGUAUGAAUUCAGGUGUAAGAUCUCACUUUUUGAAUAUGAAAGGUUACAGGAUUCUUAUUCAGAAUUCAGUUUUUUAAAAACAAUAUUUAGAGUUCAGAUAA